UUUAAAUCUUGCCUGAGAAAGGGAGAACUCUCAUCCUGCCCUCUUCUCUCCUCUCUCUGAUCUCCCCUCUCUUGCCCAAGCCUGAGAUACUUGAGUUCAUGGCUCCAUACCCCCCUUUAGCUGAACUACCUCCUGUUGUGGCUCCUCUCCAACCUACCGUGCCGUGCCCAAGAUGUGGUGGUCUGUGCACCAUCGCCGCUCCUUUGAGCUCGUCUAUCAGCUGCAAGCUUUGCGGUCUAACUGCAUCAUAUCACAACGACGGCAAAUUCAUCGUGAUCGUAGAGGGCUCGCCGAUUAGCAUCCAAGAGGACACUAUCAAAUACAACAGGGGCGCCCUCAAAGUCGUCAGUGGCGGCAACAUCUGCAUCGACCGUCAAAACAACAUCCACGUUAAGGGCGGCAGCAAAAUUUCCGUCCGCCGGUGCAACAACAUCCACGUCGAGGGCGGUGGUGAUGUCUCCGUCCACAGGUGCAACAACAUCCAUGUCGAGAGUGGGGGCAGCGUCUCCGUGCACCGGUGCAACAACAUCGACGUCGAGGGUGGCGGGAAAAUCUCCGUCCAUCGUUGCAACGACAUCCACGUUGAGUGCAGCGGCGAUGUCUCUGUCCACCGGUGCAACAACGUCCUUGUCAAGGGUGGUGGGAAGGUCUCCGUCCACCGGUGCAACAACUUUGAUGUUGAGGGCGGAGGGGAUAUCUCCGUCCACCGGUGCGACGGCUUUCGUGCUGACGGCGGUGGCAACAUCUGGGUUCACAGGUGCAACGGCGUCCAGAUUGAAAGAAGCGGAAACAUCUGCAUCCACCAGUGCAAUAAUAUUUAUGCCACAAAGAGCGGCAAUAUCCGCAUCGACCGUUGCAACGAUGCCCACUUGGAUGGAAGUGGUGAUGUACGCAUUCGCCGGUGCAAUAUUGCUGCAGUUGAGAAGUGCGUGGAUGCCUGCAUUAAUCGGUGCAACACUGCUAGUGUGGUUUAGAUCAGCACUGGUUCCAGCUUAUAUAUAUUGAUCUGUUUAGCAGCAGAAGCAAUCUUUAAUUUUGUCUGUUUGGUGGUUGCAGGAGUCUAAUAGUUAACAUGGAAGACCUUUCGGUUGUGUAUUUCCCUGCUUUUCUCGUAGAAAAGUCAAGGUUACUGGUUCUCUUUUGUCUGUAAUAUUUGCCUGAGAGGCAGCAUAUCCCAUGGUCAUGCUAUCUUUCGUAAAUAAAAGUUUGUCAUUGUUCGUCUGUCCAA